CCAGCCUGAGGAAGAAGAAGAACACUUUUAGGUCCUCCAUUGUUUACAAUAUAAAAAAUCAUUUGGAAUUUGCGAUGAACUCAAGCCGUUCUACGUCCAGUUCUUCAUCUGGUAGUUCAACAAGUAGUGGAAGCACUAGUUGCUCUGAUUCAACUGGCACAUCGUCCGAUACAGAGACUUCAUCGAGUGGUGCACACGAUAACAAAUCGAAACUACAAGCUGCAUCCAGAAGAAAAAGUUCCGAGAAGGGUAAUGGUCAUAAAGCCAAUGAAUCAGAAACUAAAACACCUUCAAAAGUAAACCCCUCCAAUGGCGGAGCCAUCAAGACAAAUAAAUCGUUUGCAUAUUCCAGUGAUGAUGAUACACCACCCUCUAAGAAGCCUGUUAAGAGAUUAAAUAGCACUACCACGACAACGACACCAACAACUAGCCAGCGAAGGAAGAACUCGGGAACAUUUACUUUGACUGCCUCCAAAUUGCAGGCACAAACAAAGCCGACAACUGCACCACCACUUGAGACUGCAAGUGACUCUAAAACGGCAAAGUCUGGUGAAGAAAAGGAAAAGCCUUCUACAAGUUUAAGUAAUAAUGAAAAGCAGUCUGUUGCCUCUACUACGGCCGUGAAAAGAAAUAAACCCCAAGAGCCACUAUCAAAGCUUGCCGCUGCAAAAACUACCAGCAGUGCAAACCCUAGCGAACAGCCAGUGAAAGGAAAACAGCCUCCCAAGCGCAAUAGUGGCCCGCCACCUCCAAAAACUUCCAAUCAAUCGGCGACUAGAAGAAAAUGUUCGGAUGAAUCCGAGUAUGAUUCAGUUUCAGGAUCAGAAGAUGAAGAGGACUCCAGUAGCAGCAGCAGUGAGACCGAAAGUAGUGACACAUCCUUUUCCUCUAAGGCAGGCCGAGGAAAGCGCAACAAAUCUAGGCUACCAAGCACAAAUGCUGCAAAGAAAAAUGACCACUCGAAUUCUGAUGAAGCAAACACUUCAAAGGACAUAAAGAACAGAAAGUUGACACGUUCGCUGAGCACCAGACGUUCUAAGCAGCAAUUAAAAACCUCUGCUGGAGCUAGUACAGCUCAAUUUUGCACUGACAGUGAGUCUGAAGUAGCUAAUGGAGUUGAUGCUAAGCGCAGUCUUUGUAAAACUCCCACCAAAAAGGCAUUUGUGGGUCUAGCCGGCACACUGACAAAAUGUAGCGUCAAAAAAGAGAUCAGUAAUAAUGGAUUCGGUCAUAUAUCACGCGUUUCCUCACCCCCUCAAUACGAGAAGCGUUGCCCCAUUGAGGGUUGCGACUCUUCGGGACACUUGAGUGGUAAUUUGGAUCGUCAUUUUUUGCCCGAAGCGUGUCCUAUAUACCACAACAUGUCCGUUUCCGAAUGCAAAGAAAGGGCCAAUGAGCGUAAAUUACGUGGAGACACACGUCCCAAAAUCACAACAAAUAUGAAUAAUCUGGAGGCUCAUAAAGCAGUGGCCUCAUCCAAGCAUGCACAGACUCCGGAACAAAAGGACUUCUAUAACAAGAUCAAGGAUUCCCGAGCACGUUUUAAGCCCAUUGCAGAAGUGGUGAAUAGCGACAAAAUUAAAUUGGAGAAAGAAGGCAAUGAUGAUGACCGAGAGGCCAGUUUGGUAGGCCUAGUGCCAGAUUACGAUAUGCAGUUGUUCCGAGAUGCCCAAGCUUUGGCCAGUGAGAAAAUUGAAGAGGAAGUUAAAGAUUUGCCCAUCGGCAAAGGAAUAAAAUACAUCACAAUGGGCAAAUAUAAAAUGAAGGUUUGGUAUCAGUCACCCUAUCCCGAAGAUGUUUCCCGCUUGCCCCAAAUGUAUAUAUGCGAAUUUUGCUUGCGUUAUCAAAAAUCUGAGACAGGCAUUAAACGGCACGCUCAAAAAUGUGUCUGGCGCCACCCGCCUGGCGAUGAAAUCUACCGCAAAGGUAAACUUCAAGUAUGGCAAGUUGAUGGCAAACGUCACAAGCAAUAUUGUCAACAUCUAUGUCUUCUGGCCAAAUUCUUUUUGGAUCACAAAACUCUCUAUUAUGAUGUGGAGCCGUUCCUAUUCUACAUAAUGACACUUGCCGACAAUGACGGUUGUCAUACUGUGGGAUACUUUAGUAAAGAGAAAAAUUCAUUUUACAACGUAUCGUGUAUUCUAACCCUACCACCAUAUCAACGAAAAGGUUACGGAAGAUUACUCAUCGAUUUCAGCUAUCUCCUCACCAGAGUUGAAGGUAAAGUAGGCUCCCCGGAAAAACCACUUUCGGAUUUAGGUCUUAUAUCAUAUCGUUCAUAUUGGAAAGACGUUUUGUUGGAGUACUUGUGUAAUCGUAGCGGAAAUACACUCAGCAUUAAGGAUGUUUCACAGGAAAUGGCCAUUUAUUCAUAUGAUAUUGUCAGUACAUUACAAGCCCUCGGUAUGAUGAAGUAUUGGAAAGGCAAGCAUAUAGUGCUGAGGAAACAGGAUGUUCUGGACGACUAUGAAGACCGUAACAAAAGGCGUGGCACUUUCCCCAAAAUCGACGAAGGCUGUCUACGCUGGAUUCCUUUUGUGCCCGCCCAGAACAAUAGCUCUCCCUGAAAAAGGAUUAUACCCAAUUAUGAUUAAGUCAUUGUGUUUACAUUUAUAAGUUCAUAGAAACAUAUGUAUGUUUGCUGUAGCUCUAUAGUUUAAAUUUUAUACACCUAUUUUAUUUUUUAUUUAUUUAUUUUGUACAAUGUAUGUAUGUAUGUUUUUGUAUGCAUGUCUCUAUGUAAUUGUGAAUGAUGAACAAAAGAAAUGUUUAACUUUAAGGUCACACCACAACCGCCAACCAGUGUUUCACUCUUCUUUGUUCUUUCUCUUCACAUGGUCUUACAUGCAUAUUUUUCAAUUGAAGCUUUUUUCCCCAAGUCAGACACGGACAGUAAAGUCAACACGACAGCUAUCUCGUCCCAAACGGAGGUCCCAUGAAUUUGGCAGUGAUUAGUCACACAUGCGCUUAUUCAGGUGCAUAUUUUAGCGAGUGUGAGUACAAGUGUCUGUGUGACUCUGAUACAUGCAUGUAGUAAGCAAUAAACACCUUAGCAUGCAUCAUCGCCUAACCGGCUGCACGAUAUGAAACAUUGGCUUAUCGUUGGUGGUUGGUUCCCUUUAUGGGGUGGCUUUAAGAUUUUUCUUUGUGGAAAAAGUCCACUGCCCAAAACUAUUGAUAUCGCCGAAUUGCACUCGUAGAACUUAAUAUACAACUACACACCAACAAACCCACACACACACACAUAGUGUUAACGCAGACAUAACUUUAGCUGAAAUCCAAAAGAAUCUAACGACACUUUGUAAGUUUUUGUAAUAAAAGACAAUUAAAAACUUUGUAAAUUUGAUUGUGUCAAUAAAGAAAGAAUUCUAGAAUUGUUGUACUGUU